AUGGAUCGACGAUUGAAAGCUCUAUACUUCACUUCGCCGUGCAGGUUCCAGGGCGAUAUAUUUCGCAGAAGGUACAGAAUGCGACCUCAUGUGUUUGACCAAAUGAUGCAUGAUGUCGCCAACCAUGAUCCGUACUUCGUGAAAACUGAUGAUGCCUCCGGCAGAGUUGGUUUGUCUACCGAACAAAAGCUGACUUGUGCUAUGAGGAUGCUUGCUUACGGGCUUCCGGCUGACCUGUGUGAUGAGUUUCUAGACGUAGCUGAAUCUACAGCUUUGGAGAUCUUGUCGCACUUUACUAGAGCAAUUUGGAAUGUGUACCACGAUCAUUACCUUCGUCGACCAACUCCGGCAGAUUUGCAGCGGUUGCUCAAUGUUGCCGACAAAAGGGGGUUCCCCAGAAUGGUGGGAAGUCUCGAUUGUGAGGCUCCUCGAGUUUCUUACUAUGUAGGUGAUAGAGAAUAUGGCCAAUGCUACUACCUAGUCGAUGGGAUCUACCCUAAAUGGGGAUCUUUUGUGAAAGCAAUUAGAAAUCCAAUUACUCCAGAGCAAGCUCAUUUUACAAAGAUGCAGGAGUCAUACAGAAAAGACGUGGAGAUGGCUUUUGGCAUUCUCCAAGCUCGUUUUGCAAUAGUAAGAGGACCCGCCCGUGGAUGGGAUAGGGAGGAUCUAUCAUACAUCAUGAUGACCUGCAUUAUUUUGCACAACAUGAUUGUCGAUGAUGAGCGUGAAGAAGAUGAAGAGUCGCCUUUUGACCCCGAUGAUAUCCCCACCAGACCAAGGAAAGCACAAAUAUAUGAGAGGUAUGAGGAUGAUCAUGAGGUUGAGCGCAACCGUCCUGAACUUGAGGAGUUCAUGACCCGUUAUCAGGGGGUUAGAUGCCCAAUUGUGCAUAGAGUCCUUCAAGGAGAUUUGGUUAAUCACCUCUGGAACAUGAAGCUGCAAGCAGAGCGGAACCGCAGAUGA